UUCUCGAGACUCGGGAAACCCUUCAUCAGCCCCAGCCCGUCCCUCAGCCCGGACAUCGUCGUGCCGCCGCAGCACGUCAAGUGGCUCCUGGGCCAGCCCAGUAGCGUGCUCGCGCAGCGGCCGGCGCUGUGGGAGGGCAUGGCCAUCCGGUACAUGUUCCCGUCCGCCGACCCGGCAGCCGAGUUCGUGCCGGCGCUGGUCAAGCGCCACAUGUCGCCGGCGGGCGUCGACGGCAUGCAGGCCGACAUGUACCGCGAGCUGCGGCGGUGGACCGACGCCGGGCUGGGCACCGACACGGAGCGGUGGGCCGAGAUCGCCCUGUUCGACACCCUCGGCACCAUCAUGAAGCGUGUCGGCCAGCGCCUGUACUUUGGCGCCGAGCUGGGCAGCAGCGACGAGCUCGGCCGCGUGCUGCAGAAGCUCGCCAACUGGUCCGGCCUUGGCGGGCUCGUCAUCGGCCAGUUCUCGCCCGCCGUCUUCAGGCGGCCCCUCGGCUGGCUGUUCCGGAUCCCGUUGGGCUACUACACGAGGGCGUUCAAGAGGAUUUGGGAGCCGGCGGUCAGGGCACAGCUCGAGGCGGGCCAGCUCUCGGGGGAUGGUUCGGCUACGGCCGGGGCCGUCGAGGCACUGGCCGGCACUAAGCGGCACACGGUCGAGUCCAUCUCUAGCAACUUUAUGAUCAUGCCCGGCACGCUAGCGCUACUUCUCAACCUAAUUACGCAGCGCGGCGCCGAGGCGCGCGCCUUCAUGCCGCUGCUCCGCCACGAAGUCGACACAGUAUUCUCGCAGCCAACAGCCUGGACAGACAGCGGCACAUUCACAGCUCGGAAAAUGCCGCUGGCAACGGCGUUCGCGCGCGAGUCGAUGCGCUACAGCCCGCUGGCGGCUAGCAUCCCCGUGCGCGCGGUCGUGGCGCCGGGCGGCGUGCUGCUGCCCGACGGUACAACACAUGUGCCGCGCGGCGCGCGGCUGGCGUGUCCCGCCGAGGCCAUGACGCGCGACGAGCGCUUCGUGCCGCGGCCGCAUGUCUUUGAUCCGUUUCGUUUUCUCGAGGUUGAUGAUGAUGACGAGGGAGGCCGGAGGUACAGGCUCAAGGCGGAUAGCGAUAUCGUGGAUGUGAGCGAGUCGUUUCUGUUCUUUGGGUUUGGGCGGCAUGCCUGGUGA